AUGGUAUCAGCUGUUCUUUUAGUUCAUAGGGCCACGCCGGGCACAAUCACUCAAUUUCACGAUUACCUACUGAAUAGACUUCCCACACUCAAAGGCAAUUGGGACUUCACAUUCAAAAUCUUCCGAAACAACACCUACUCUGUGGCGCCAGAGCUCGCAGAAACUCAUGAAACAGCUCCGGAGUCACAAUUCCUUUAUACUUUUUCGCCGUCGUACCUCAAUUAUUCGUGUGUUACACUUAUCAACAAAAAGACUGCCACUGUGUUUAGUCAUGUUGUGCAAGAAGAACUAGGAUCAGCGCACAAUGAGUUGGCAAUUCCAAACGAUCAUCUACUCAGAGGAGCAACAUCUGGACUCAAUGACUCAUUCGAUUAUUUAGUGUCCAAGAGAAUGCAAAGUAUGUGGACACCUCGCCAAACGAUCAAGGGAGAUGGAGGGCAAAUUUACGAGCUAGAGAACGGAAAUGUGCUUAUACGAACGGCUAACGUGUCAUUACAUGGUAACUUUCGUGGAUUUCUUAUCCAAAUUGAACACAAUGAUGCAAAAUCGGUUGAAGCGGAUCCUAAGGUCAUCAUUGAAGACAUCAUGACCAAAUACGAUAUUCCGACGGGAAACUUAUGCUACAAAGUUUUGAAUCCUAGUAAACUUGAUGCAUGUGGAGACUUGGCUCUCCAAUAUUCUGAAAUAUUAAACUUUUGA